AUUGAUUUUGAUAUAUAAGUUAAGAAUCAUGAGGUUGAUUUUUCUAGUUUUGAUGGGUUCUAAUUUUUACUCGUAUUAAGUCCUUUACAAUUAUAUUUUGAUUUUUAAUUAGCGAUCAUGGGAAAUUAUGGGUUCCUUUGGUGUAAUGUGUUGGGGCCUUGGAUGAUCUUUUAGAAGAUAAACUAUUAGUUACGUGGAGGGGUUGUGAUCAUUAUAAGUUAUCCACAAAAAUAUUUAGCUGGAGAUGGAUUCAUGGUAUACUCUCAAUAAGGGUUAUUGUAAGUUAUGCACAAAGGAGUUAGGAUGAGGCUUUCUACAGUUGAUUUGAGUUUUAUCUCUGGAAGUGUUCUUUGUCCAAGUCUAUAAUACCCAAGCUUCAUAGGUGCAAACAAUCCUUUGGGGCCACCCCCUUGUGAAAAGUCAGCAAUUUAACCAAUUCCGUGUAGGGAAACUUCUCAGGGCGCGAUGCAUGAGACUGGGGUUACAGGGAUGGAUCCGAAGGUCCCUGCCUUGGAGAUUUUCCCCAACAUCAAAAAAAUAUGUUAAAAUAAUAAUAAUAAUAACAAUACCUAAGCGAACAACUGGACUUCUGCAUUAGGGUGUAGUGACGUAGUAAGGUGGUGAGAUUAUAGAAUCUCCUUUGUCUCUUAGAUGGAACUUUGGAGUGUAGCAUUUUUUAUAAGUUCAGAGGUAUGAUUUCAUGGAAAGAAUAAAUUAAGUAGCUAGAUUUUACUUAUAAAAAAUAGCUAUAUUUUCCAUCUCCCAUGAUCUGACUUCAUGGAUUAGCUACAAUAACUUCUUGUAGCUCAUUGACUACCAGUAUGUUCUUGUUCUAUUUGUGUUCGUUUAGACACAUCUACAGCACUCACUCAAGAGUGUCUAUCUCCUAACUAUGAUUAAAUUUAAUGUUUACUGAGUCAUCCCCAGUUAGAUUUUAAUUGCAUUUACUUUUAAGUUUUAACUGACAGCCACAUGGGUAGAAUCGUUAUCAUGCCUUGUGCUGGUUGAAAUUUUUUCAUCUCACAUCAGUUUAUUCUUUUUGAACAGCAUACCUCCAAAUAAUUUUACGUACUUUUCUCAGAAAGUGUAACAAAUGGUGUGGUGGUCAUUUUCGCAUGUUGAUUUGAAGUUAUCAUUCUAACAUUGUUCUGUCCUCUGAAUGUUAAGUUGAAGUUUCAUGGAUGUUAGCCUUGGGAAGAUAAAGGUUCUUCUGGAUCACUUUAAUGCCUCAACAACCAGCUUGGAUUCUCAUCAAAACAGAACUUCAUCUGUUUCACAACCACUAUCUGAUAAUUCUUUAAGGUAUCACAACUGGACUCAAAGGAGUGUUGCAUUCAUGUUGAACUUGUUUCCUGUACAAGGGUCACCAUGGGGCUCUAGCACUGAUAGUCAGAAAAAGGUUGAGCUAUCUGCUACAGAAGUAGAAUCACUUAGAUCAGAACUCGCUGAUUUAGAGGAGAGGGAAAGUCAUUUGAAAGCUCAGUUGGAACAUGUUGAUGAAAUUUUGCGGUCUGCUCACCUGUCUGGUUAUUUGUACAUUCGAACUAGGUGGACAGCUCUACCAGGAGAACCUCCCCCUUUAGAUGAUAAUGACGUUGAUGAUUGGCUUCCUCGCUUUGUUGUCCUUCAUGGACCAUGUAUAUUCUUCUAUUUAUUUUCUACAGAUCUAAGCCCUCAAGAUUCCACCCUUCUAUCCGACAUUGUUGAAGUAGGUCCCCUUCCUAGCUUUACACGAGAAGAUGAGGAGACACGUUAUGCCUUUUUUAUGCUCACUCGUCAAGGACUGAGAUACGAGUGCUCAAGUAUUUCCAAGAUUCAGGUGGAAUCUUGGUUGUCAGUACUACAAACUGACUGUAAAUCCUCUCAGAUCUUCCGUUCGGCUUCCAGAGCCUCCAGGUCACUCCUCUCUGCUGCCUCCAGAGGCUCUCGUCACUUCUCUGAAGGGCGAGCCGUAGCUGCCGCUGCUACAGUGUCAUUGAGAGAAACGGUACCGUUUCUAGCUUCAAAUUACUGGAGGGCCGGUUCUGAGAAUACAUCCAGAGGAUGGAUUCAAGGAGCCCUUGCUAUUCCUGCGGCAGCUUACAUGCUCCAGGAGCAGGAGGCACAUGCUGCUGAGCUGGAGCGCACUUUCAUUGCUAUCAAGCCUGAUGGAGUUCAAAGAGGGCUGAUUUCAGAAAUCAUAUCCCGUUUUGAGAGGAAAGGGUUUAAGCUCGUGGCCAUUAAAAUAGUAAUUCCUUCAAAGGAUUUUGCACAGAAGCAUUAUCACGAUCUGAAGGAAAGACCUUUCUUCAAUGGCCUAUGCGACUUCCUUAGCUCUGGCCCUGUUAUUGCAAUGGUGUGGGAAGGAGAGGGAGUGAUAAAGUAUGGUCGAAAGCUGAUUGGAGCUACAGAUCCACAGAAAUCUGAACCUGGAACCAUCAGAGGUGAUCUAGCUGUGGUUGUUGGGAGAAACAUCAUCCAUGGGAGUGAUGGUCCAGAGACUGCCAAGGAUGAAAUCAAUUUGUGGUUCAAAUCAGAGGAGUUGGUUAGUUACACCAGCAAUGCAGAGAAGUGGAUCUAUGAAGACAACUGAUGCUGAAUUUUGCCUUUCUUUUCAUCUAGUGAGUUAGGAUCCACAUGAAGAGUGGGGGGUUAAACCACAAUUGUUAGAAUAAAAAUGCUUUUUUGUUGAGAUGAGUGAUAUCAAUGAUUUGCUUCGAAAAUAAUUGGCAGAUCUAAAAUUUUAGCAAUAAUGUAGUUUCACCUGUUUUCGGUGGACCCAACUUACUAAAUUAUGUAGUCAUAUUAAUGCAUUCAUAUGCAAGGCAAGUAGCAUUGAUGCAA